AGCUGGCGGAAAGGAGGAGUUCGUCUAGAUUUGUCCGCUUGCUGGUGGACUUCGGGAGUCGCAGUCUCUGAACUUCCAGCCUCAGAGACCGCCGCUCUUGUUCCCAAGGGCCAUGGGCCGGGUCUCAGGGCUUGUGCCCUCUCGCUUCCUGACGCUCCUGGCGCAUCUGGUGGUCGUCAUCACCUUAUUCUGGUCCCGGGACAGCAACAUUCAGGCCUGCCUGCCUCUCAGGUUCACCCCCGAGGAGUAUGACAAGCAGGACAUUCAUCCACUUCCUCUCUGCAGGCUGGUGGCCGCGCUUUCUGUCACCCUGGGCCUCUUUGCAGUGGAGCUGGCCGGUUUCCUCUCAGGAGUCUCCAUGUUCAACAGCACCCAGAGCCUCAUCUCCAUUGGGGCUCACUGUAGUGCAUCCGUGGCCCUGUCCUUCUUCAUAUUCGAGCGUUGGGAGUGCACUACGUAUUGGUACAUUUUUGUCUUCUGCAGUGCCCUUCCAGCUGUCACUGAAAUGACUUUAGUCGUCACCGUCUUUGGGCUGAAAAAGAAACCUUUCUGAGCACCUUCAUGACGGGAACCUAAGGACGAAGGCUACAGGGGCAAGGGCCGCUUCGUAUUCCUGGAAGAAGGAAGGCAUAGGCUUCGGUCCUCCCCUCGGAAACUGCUUCUGCUGGAGGAUAUGUGUUGGAAUAAUUACGUCUUGAGUCUGGGAUUAUCCGCAUUGUAUUUAGUGGUUUGUAAUAAAAUAUGUUUUGUAGUAAGAUUAAGACAUAUACAGUUUUCAGGGCACAAUUGAGAUGGCGAAACUACUGAAGAAAAAAAAAGAAGCAACGUUAUUUUCUAAUCCUGCAGACCGUAAGAUACUUGGUAUCGCUUCUAUUUUGGUUAUUACGGUAGUUGUCUGGCGGAAGGGAGUGGGCGGAGAUAUGUAAAUAGAAAGUGCUUACAGUUAGAACGUCCAGCACGUAAAUGAUCGGAGCAUUCUGGGAAAAAGAAAUUUAUUCCUUUUCGGCAGCCGAAUG